AUGCCUAUCCAGAUGAAGGAGGUGGAAGUCAGGCCACUCCGAAAGAGAGUUAUCCUGACUCUAUUUAUAGUUCUGACUAUAUCAGCUGGAUUCCUCAGAGUGAUACCCCUAGCUAUCCUCGUCCCUGGCUCGAUGGAAAUGAACAUGACCUGCACUGAAGUUGCAUUCCUGGUGGCCGCCCAUCCUUUAGCCACCAUACCAGCCACAAUGAUGUACCCUCUUAUAAGUGGGUGGAAGUCCAGCAUAUAUAUUCUUACUGUCGGGACAAUUGGAAUGCUGGGAUUUUCUUCAUUCACAUAUGCUCCACUUGCUGGUAGAUUGGGUUACUUCUAUAUCGGCCUUAUUGGUCGUUCAUUGACUGGGGCAGCUGAUGCUUUGAGUAGCAUCAAGAUUGGUAAAGAUGAGGAACUUGUCCCAUUGAUAAAGGAUUCAGCGAGCAAGUGCAAGAAAGAGGAAACUUUGGCAGAGCAGUAUCAGCGUCACUUCUCUUUGGACACUCUUGUCUAUGGAUGGGUUCCCAUGCUGAGUAUUGGGGCGUGCAUUGUGUUUGUGGAGUCUAUUCUGAUACUGAGUAGAAGUGCUAAGACGGAUGUGGCCAUGUCAACUGCUAUGAAUGUUUGGAACAAUGGGUUCAUCUGCCCAAACUGUGAGGAAAAGUUUUCUACUGGUAGAGCUAGGAAUAUACACCAGGUCAGAUGUCAAAACGAGCAGGGUCAUAGCUCACGGGGCAAGAGGAGAAGGGUUAACGAUCCUCCUGGUACAACAAGUGCAGCAAAUGGUUUAUUCAAAAUUAUUGAGUUUUGUUCAAGUCCAGACUCACCACUUGUUGUAGAGACCCUCCACGAAGAAUCUAGUCGUCUUGCUGACAUCAUAGGGUUACAAUUAGAGUUUUACACCUCAGCAAGAUUCUACUUAAGUGUGGUUGUUACAAUGGAGCGUACGAUAAACGAUAAUGAGGAUGGUACAUUCUCUUUUACAAGCUCCCCUGCCUCCAACCUGCUUCCAUCCACAGAAAUCAAUGAUGAGGUCUACCGUCACAUUGAGAUCCUAGCUCAAAAGAUGGACGAAUUUUUACGGAACGGAUCUGGUUGGAUACUGAAGGGGCUUACACAUGCUCACCUAAACAUCACAAAAUACAAUCCCAUGGCGUUUGGAAGACACAUCCCACUUCCUGCAGCUAUUAAAGAACGAAGGGAGACACUCCUUAACAUCCAGAACAACGACAACAUGUGUUUAAAGUGGGUAACAAUAGCAGCUCGACAUCCAUACCCGAAGGAUGAUGGUAAUGCAUCUCGUUUAACAUACUACAAGCAAUUUGAGAACGAGAUUGAUGACACGGGUAUAGUGUGGCCGAUAACACUACAACAGAUACCCAAGUUUGAGUUACUGAAUAGAGUAAGGAUAAAUGUAGUGGGCUAUGACGAGGAUAAUGAGACAGCUCCGUUUUACCCUGUAUAUGUUUCAAAAUCAACACAUGCUGAACAUCUAACGGUUAACACAUUGAUAAUUAGCAACGAAAACACCACACAUUUUGUACUAAUUAAGUCCCUCAACGCCUUACUGAGAAAACCGAACACACGAAAUCUUAAACACCACUGUGUCAGGUGCUUUCACGGGUUUUGUAAGGAGAGUAAUUUGAUUAAACAUCAAGAAAAGUGUAUCAGAUUUCGUGCGCAAGGCACACAGUUUCCAGAGGAUGAUCAUCUGUUUUUCAAAUCGUAUCGGAGAAUGGUGAAAUGUCCUGUUUACAUCGUUGCAGAUUUUGAAUCAUAUCUGAAAGAUGUUGCCGAUCAGAACACGGGACCUUCAGGGGGUACUCAACGAUUGAAGGAACACAGUCCAUGCGGCUUUGCAUACAAGGUGGUGACUGAAUUUGAGGACUACAACCAACCUAUCGUGGUUCAUCGUGAUAACGGAGCAGGCAAUGUUGCUGAGAUGUUUGUCAGCAUGAUGCAUGAGGAAUACGAACGUCUCAGAAAUUUAAUCCAUGCUGAUGAAGAUAUGAAGCCGCUCAGUACAGCACAACGUCGUGCAUUUAAGGCCUCAACAAUCUGUUACCUGUGCAAUGAACUGUUUACUGAAGAUAACGGAAGGGUUAGAGAUCAUGACCAUUACACAGGUGAUUAUAUAGGUGCAGCUCAUUUUACAUGCAACUUUGAAAGAAGAACAGACAAACAUCUUCCAAUCAUUUUCCACAAUUUCCGAGGUUACGAUUCUCACCUCAUUAUUAAGGCUCUAGCAGCACAAACUGAUGAUUUGACUGAUAUAACAAUCAUUCCUAAUUCUAUGGAGAAGUACAUAUCUGUUACAACUAAGGAAUUCAGAUUUAUCGACUCUAUGCAACAUUUGAGUGCAUCCUUGGACAAGUUAACGAAAAACCUAGCUAACGGUGGUCUGGAUAACUUUAAAUGUACUAGAGAUUUUAUCGAUACUGAACAUGAUGGUUGCGAUCAGAAAUUUGAAUUGCUCACUAAAAAAGGAGUUUAUCCAUAUAGUUACAUUGAUGAUGCAGCCAAGUUUGAUGAGGGGCUCCCCCCACAAAGCUGCUUCUACAAUGACAUGACAGAUGAGGCAUUGUCUGAUGAAGAUUAUGUACUAGUACAGGAAGUAUGGUCUACAUUCAACUUACAGUGUCUUGGAGACCUCCAUGAUUUAUAUGUAAUUUCUGACGUUUUGCUUUUGGCGGAUGUGCUUGAAAAGUAUAGAAACAUGUGCUGGACUCGCAUGGGUCUGGAAGCUCUCUGUUAUGUCUCUCUUCCGUCACUCACGUUUGAUGCAUGUAUGAAGUUAACCGGAAGGAAGCUUGAGAUUAUCAAGGAUAUUGACAUGCUACAAAUGAUUGAGCUUGGAAUCAGAGGUGGAGUAAGCGUCAUAUCACAUCGACAUGCUAAAGCAAACAAUCCGAGGAUUCCUGGCUUUGACCCCAACUUACCCGAGUCUUACUUACUAUACAUCGAUGCCAAUAACCUCUAUGGGUAUGCCAUGAGUGAGAAAGUACCUGUUGACGGUUUUAAAUGGGAUAAUGAUACAGUCUGGACACGUGACAUGAUAAUGGAUCUGGAUGCAAAUGAUACUAAGGGGUAUAUAUUUGAGGUAGACUUGGAAAUACCAGAGAAUAUACAUGAUAAAACGGAUAUGUACCCUCUCUGUCCUGAACAUCUAGAGAUAUCUGAGAACAUGAUCUCACCAAAAUCCAGGGAAAUCAGAGGUCGCAGAAAGAAAGCUCCAAAGUUCAAGGCAAUCAAAUUGGCGCCCAACCUACAGUCCAAGUCGGCAUAUGUCACUCAUUUAAGGAACUUGCAGUUUUAUCUCUCCCAAGGUGUUGUACUUGUAAAAGUACACCGGGUCAUCUGUUUCAACCAAGCAGCCUGGAUACAGCCCUACAUUGCAGAGAACACCAGGUUGCGCCAGCAAGCAACUGAUGACUUUAUGAGGGAUUACUACAAGCUGCUCAAUAAUGCAUUUUUCGGUAAAACCAUGGAAAAUGUGCGGAAACGUGUCAAAAUUGUCCUUGUAAACAACAGUAGAGGUCAUUUUUGGCAGACCUCCAAACCUACUUUUAAGCGUUUUCAGAUUUUUAAUGAAAGCCUUGUAGGUGUUGAGCUUGCACAAACAAAUUUGACGCUUGAUAAACCAAUUUAUGUUGGUUUUACUGUGCUGGAGUUAUCAAAACUCCUAAUGUUUAAGUUUCAUUACACGGUCAUGCAAGCCAACUUUGACAAACUGGAACUAUGCUUCACUGACACAGACAGUUUCCUUUACCACAUUUACUGCAAGAACCUGUACUUGGAACACCUGGAGAGGCUAAAGAAUCACUUUGACUUCUCAAAGUAUCCUAGAGAUCAUCCGCUGUAUUCAGAUACAAACAGAGCAGUAGUUGGAAAAUUCAAAGACGAAACUAAUGGAGUAGCAAUCGUUGAGUUCAUAGGGCUUCGCUCAAAGUGUUACUCUAUUCUAACUGGAGCUGGAAAGCAAAAGAGCACGGCUGCUGGUGUGAAACACAAUGUCCGUAACCGAAAACUGAACCAUGAUCUCUAUAGACAAGUCUUGUUCAACACAAUGAGAAAUCCUGAUACAGAAGAUUCUGACACAGAAGAUCACUUUAUAGAGCAAAAGACUUUUCGAUCACAGAAACAUGUGAUUUUCACCAUAAAUCAGAGAAAAGUUGGACUAACAAGAUAUGAUGACAAACGAUAUAUUUUGUCAGAUGGGGUAUCAACACGUGCACAUGGAAAUUUUAAAAAUGUGCAAGGUGGCUGAUGCUUUAAAUUUCAUUUUUGGUUCAAUCUUUCUUUUUUUUUAGUUUUAAUUGAUUUUGUAACUUGUAUAUAUUGUAAUGUUAGAUAUUCAAUUUAUUUGAUAAUUUGUUUAUG